CCACACGGUUGAUCCGGACCCACCCUGGAUUUACAGCUAUCGCGAUAUGUGUUCUCCUCUAUGGACGUUACUUCUUUUGGCCACGUGCCUAUGUCCGCAGACUCUGCGAGCAUUGAAAGAGAGCUACAGAAGAGGCCACGAUGGCUCUACGGUGGACGAAAUGCUGGCGAGAUUGGGGGAGGGCCCCGCCCUUUUUACCGAUGCAGGAGCAACAAGCACUUGUGAAGAUUCAACCUGCGAGGUGUACAAUGUCUCUUAUUUUACAUAUUUGUCUUUAACAGUGGACCCCUCAAAUCUGGGACAGAAGACAAUGUUGUAAGGUGUCCAUCAGGGGUGCAACCAAUAAUGUGUCCUUACAUAGAGACGUUUCAGGUGUCCUUAGAGAGGGGUUCCACCCACUGUACACCCGUCAUUAUCUUCUCCCUACUUGACAGGAGAGGGAGGGUGGACUGUGCUGGGGCUACGAGCGGGACUGCACCGAGGACAACAGACUGUUUGUUCCUCGCUGCGACGGAUCUCCAAAACCCUGGGCUCAGACCAUGGAGGGGAAGAUGGAGCUGUUCUGGACCCAGGCAGAUUUUGGUUACGUCAAGAAAGUAGUGGACUCCCUGGCCAUCCUCUGCUCACCAAAGGGGAAGAUUGCAGAAGGAGCAUCGCAGCUGAUCUGCUCGGCACAGCUACGGUACUGCAGAGCUAGAAAUCUCUACAUGGACCUCAGACGCUAUCGUCAGAUGACAGAAAAACAGGGCACCUACAGAAGCUUCUUGGAGGAUAUAUUUGAAGAAGGGGAGAUUGGUGGUAAUUGUGAACUGGAUAUUAAUAGACUCAGAGACAAUGCAAGGCACAAGUCACCCUUGCAGUCAUGGUAUGCAGAGCUGGGAGGCUAUAGUUCAGUGGAUUUCAAGGUCAAAGAGGGAGAGCAAUGUGACGAAAUAGUGACUCGGCCCACUGUGUUUAUCAAGCUGGACGCAGUGGUCAACAUGUACCAUCAUUUCUGCGAUUUUUUCAAUAUCUACGCCUCGCAGCACGUCAACGGCUCUUUCAGUGAUGACGUACAGAUAGUCAUAUGGGACACUACGUUAUCGAAGGAGUUUCGAGAUCCCUUCAUUGAGACGUGGAGAGCCUUUACGAGACAUCCGGUCAUGAAACUGGCUCAGUUUCAAGGAAAGAGAGUGUGUUUCAAGGACGUCGUUUUCUCCCUGCUGGCUCGCAUGCAACAAGGCCUCUACUAUAAUACUUAUCUGACUCCGGACUGCAGAGGGUCGGGACUGAUGCAGGCGUUCACCAAACAUCUGGUACCAAGGCUGGGAAUACCACAGGACUCCAGGCUCCCGGAGAGAGUGAGGGUGACUCUCCUCUCUCGCUCCACCAAACACCGCAGAAUUGUCAACGAGAAUGAGCUGGUGAAUGCACUGAAGACAGUUGGCUAUUUCGAUGUCUCUGUGGUGGACUAUAAGUUCAGAGAAUUCCCAUUCCUGGAGCAAAUAAAGACGAGUCAUAAUUCUGACAUAUUCAUGGGGAUACAUGGAGCUGGACUGACCCACAUGAUAUUCCUCCCUGAUUGGGCCGGAGUCUUUGAGAUGUUUAAUACAGAGGACCCCAGGUGCUAUUAUGACCUAGCCAGACUGAGAGGGAUUGAAUACAUUACCUGGGAGAAAGGAGACAAGAUAUGGAAAGAAGCAGAAGGCUACAGUCCAACGUCUGGUAACCCGAGUCCAAAGUUCACCAACUACACUCUGGACGUGGAGGAGCUGAUGAGGCUGGUGACGGGACUGGGAGACAGAGUCAGGGAGAGAAAGAUGGAGAGACACGCUCACUCACUCGGACUUUUCACAACAUCUUAGAUUCUUUCAUGCUGUAUAUAAUUAUGCCUAACUUGACCAUUUUUAUUUAUUUUAAGAGAUGGCAUUGUUCACUUGCUCGCAGAUUCAGAUGUAUAAUUAUUAUUGAUA